CUCGGGCUUAAAACCAGCUGGCUCCUCAUCGCCUUCAGGUUAUCCGCUUCUCUAUCUCCUACAAAUAACUACCUCGCACUAACCAGAGGUACUUCCCAGUAGUUUCUGCGCCAGAGUCCAAUCGUGCCGUCCGUCUGCCCCCGGCAGCGUCAACUCUAAAUUCUAUUCGCCUACCGCCUGCCUCGUUAUCUAUCGGCGUCAUCAUCAUUGUCGGAAUCGCCCAUCGCCGCAUCACCUCCUUCUCCGCUUCCGCCUCCUCAUCCACCCACCUUACCCAUCCAUUCAUCCCUCCAUCUACGUUCAGGGUCGCGUCAUCUCCUAUCGUCUUCCCCGUCAAUCCCUCCAAAGCCACCAUUUGAUCAUCAUACCUCUGCCACGCUGGCUGCCUCCGACUACCCUCCUGUCGAUGGCCAUUUUUACUUCCCCUAGGUCCCUCCAGAAUGUCUACUCGCCGCAAUACGUGACCCAGUCCCAAAUGGGCGACGUCUUCCAGGAUGCCGGUGCGCAUUCAAGCCACCCCUCCUUCCUCCAUCUGGUGCUGCUGGUCUUCGAGGCCGUCCUCGAGGUGAUCUGCGUCAGUUUUCCAGGCUACAUCGCCGCCAAACAGGGCAUGUUCGAUGCCGAGGCCCAGAAGCUAGUCGCCAACCUCAAUGUCAUGCUGUUUACCCCGUGUCUGAUCUUCACGAAGCUCGGAUCACAGCUCACGGCGGAGAAGCUCACGGAUCUGGCCAUCAUCCCGGCCAUCUUCGUGAUCCAGACUCUCGUCUCCUAUUCGUGUGCGUUUGUGGUAUCGCGAUGCCUGCGACUCAAGAAACGCCCAUCAAACUUUGUUGCGGCCAUGGCGGUCUUCGGGAAUUCCAACUCGCUCCCCAUCUCCCUCGUCAUGUCACUUUCGCAGACACUUAAAGGCCUCCACUGGAGCCGCGUCCCGAAUGAUAACGACGACGAAGUGGCUGCACGCGGCAUUCUCUACCUGCUCAUCUUCCAGCAGCUGGGACAGCUUGUGCGCUGGAGUUGGGGAUACCACGUGCUUCUGGCUCCCCGGGAACGGUUCCUGGAAGAGGGAGCAGGUGAAGAGGAUGAUAAUACCCGCAUUGGAGAGGGUCAGGAGCGAUACCUGGAUAACCCGGAGCAAACCGAUCCAGACGAGCCAUUGGUGCGGACUAGGAACUCCGAAGAACUGUCGUCGUCUUCUGAUGACGAGACUGGCGACUCAGAUCGGUUCACUUCGGGUCAAGAAACCCCUGUGACGGCACGCGACUAUUCCUAUGCGAAGCUAUCGCCCCGUAGUGGAGGUGAAGGCGAUCCCAAUGAUCCGGCGCUGCUUGGUUCGCCCCGCGGACCGUUCAUUCCCCGACAGAGCUCCACUGGCGACAUGCUGUGCUUCCCGAACGUCGAACAGACAGCCCAUGCCAGCCACGGGAAGGGCUUCGUCGGGCGAAUCAAGGGUUCCGCCUAUCGGCUCCGUAGUCGCGUCGCGAGCGGAUGGGAGAAGGCAACGGGAGCAGUAUUCCGGUGCUUGCCCACCGGCAUCCAGAAGGUACUGAAGGUCUGCUCGAGAGGGCUCACGAAACUCGUCUAUGGGGUGUGGGAGUUCAUGAACCCGCCUCUGUGGGCUAUGCUGGUCUCGAUUGUGGUCGCAUCGGUGCCCGCGCUGCAAAGCCUGUUCUUCGACGAAGGAACCUUCGUGCGCAAUUCCGUGACCCGCGCCAUCAGCCAAAACGGCCAGGUCGCGGUCCCGUUGAUUCUGGUCGUCUUGGGGGCGAACCUGGAGCGGAACACCCUCCCCAAGGAAGCGCUCGAAGACACGGAUCAUCCCAGCGAGGAAAAGAAGCUGAUCAUCGCGUCGCUGGUGGCGCGCAUGGUUCUCCCCACCAUGAUCAUGGCGCCCAUCCUCGCCCUGCUGGCCAAGUACGUGCCUGUCAGCAUCCUGGACGACCCGAUCUUCAUCAUCGUCUGCUUCCUGCUCACGGGCGCCCCGUCGGCCCUCCAGCUGGCGCAGAUCUGUCAGAUCAACAACGUCUACGUCAGCGCCAUGUCGAAGCUCUUAUUCCAGAGCUAUGUCGUCUGGAUCCUCCCCUCAACCCUCAUUCUCGUUAUGUGUGCAUUGGAGGUCGUAGAAUGGGCCUCCGCCUCCUAAAAUCGGGUUGGUUCUUCUUCGCAUUCGGUUCAUCCUGCAUAGGUGGUAUAUUGUUAAUUGGUGCCUGGCGUUGCAUGGUUUUCUUCUCUCUCUCUCUCUCUCUCUCUCUCUCUCUCUGUGUGUGUGUGUGUGU